ACCAUUAUCCGUGCAAAUCGAUUAACCGGCAACCGUCCGGUCCCGAGCUGCCCGGAUAAUCGACGCUCUACUGUAGGUGUUUGAGUUAUGGUUGUUGCCACUGAACGUGGAGAGUUUGAAAAUAAUUCGAAAUUUGAGGACAUCCGGUAGAUUUUACCGGGCCUUAACUAGUAAGAAUAAUAAAUAAAGCAAAAAACGAAUAUUCAUAUCAUUAUGGUAUUCACUAUAAUGGCAGAUAACCGUAUUCCGUAUUAUAGUGUUUUUGGCAACUUGCAAUCUGUAGUAAUAAAUAUCAAAUUUAGGAAUAGAGGAAAAAAACUAAUUGCUUGAAUGAAAUAAAUAUGACACUUUUCUAUCAAUUUAAAUCGCAUUAGCUUCAACAACAAUGAUUGAAGUUUCUUGGGAGUUUUUUUUAUCAAUUUGGGUAUAUUUACACAUAUUGCGUAUAUUAUCCAAGAAUUAACGAGCACUAAACGUAACGAGCACUGAAAGCAUUUCAGUUCACAUACUCCCCUUCUUUCUUGAUGAGCUGUUGAUAGAUAUAAAGCAGUACCUUUCUAUCUUUUUUGUCGAAGUAAAUCGAUAACAUAUUUGCUAUGGAACUUACAGUGCAUACAAUGAUCAGGUUUGAAAUUUAUAUUUCAUGUACAAAUUCAGCAGCUAAUCAAAAUUGUUUUCAUCUUUAUAGUUCACUCACUGCGUUUGUUGUAGUUUUGGAAUACGUUCAUGCGGUGCGUUUGGUUUGCAGUCAAUUUCAAGAGUGUGAUAUCGAAAAUAUGGACUCAAAGGUGGAGGACAUUUUCAUGUACCGAUACAUUCCAGCUGAUGUGCAAGGCCUCAAAUAUUUCAAUCUAUUAUUCGAUAAGGUGGAUAGUGAGUUUUUCCAGACCAUUCCCGCACAUAUCACUAGUUUACACAUUGGGCAAUCGACCUUAUUGAAAUCAAUCAGUGUCCCAGGAGGAACCAACAUUUCCAAGCUAAUUUUAGCUGAUAAUGAAGUGAACAAACUUGUGAUCGAUGACAAUAAUACGAUCGCAGAGCUUACUGUGAGUGUUUCGAAGCUGGCCACCAUUCCACAAUCGAUAGGCAAUUUAAAAGCAGCCCUCACGAUUGCCAUCACAAAUUGUCCUAUCGAGACACUCAACAUUGAGAUGUUUUGUGACCUUUCCAAGCUGCAAAUAUUAAAUUUAGAAGCAAACCGUAUACGUAACAUAGUUAACACUGCCCCAACACAUUGCAGCUUGUAUGAUUCGUUGCAAACACUCUCUAUAUCCCAGAAUAUGUUGAAACAGUUCAACCUGGACCCUUUCAAUAAUUUAGCGAAACUGCAGCGGCUGAAUGCGAAACAUAAUGGAAUGGUAUCGGUGCGGGGUGACUUCAACUCUGGAGCACAUUUGCACUUAUGUUUGUCAAAAAACCAAUUAAAAGCAUUAGAUCUGUGCAGAUGGCAUGUGCCCAACAUGGUGUACUUGGAGCUUGACUACAAUAACUUAACCACGAUACCGACCUGUCUGGAGAAUCUGCCCAGUGUUACUCUGCUAUCCUUAUCACGCAAUCAGAUACAACAUGUAACAAUACAGAGCUUUGCGCGAAUGAGCCUGUUGGAAGGACUAGAUCUUUCGUACAACAACUUAACAACAAUUAUGCUCAACAGUUCCCAAUAUCCAGCCAGUUUCAAAUGUAUCUGGCUUAUAAACGCUAAUCUCACCGAGCUCAACCUAUCCGUUGUUACUGUUCCAUCGCUUGAGGUUGACGUUCAAACGAACUGCAUUUCAAAGGUUGAUUUGGAACAAAUCUCACCCAACGUUACUAAACUGUAUAUGCGGAAUAAUCCAUUCGAUUGUUCAUGGCAAACGGUGGAAGAGAGGAGUAAUUUGGCUUGUGUUGAAAGUGCUGCGAAUAAGGCAAGGUGUGGGCACUAA